AUGACCAGAAUUAACGCGACGGAGACGACUCCUUUGAUACCGGAGAUUCCUCCCGAGGUCUCGGAUGUCGAGAGGAACAGCGCCGAUGAGCCGAAAACGUAUAGCCAUGCGUUUAUUGCAAGAGUAGUUGUCGCGUUGCUGAUUGGCAUCUUUACGUCCAACGCCGAUGGGUCUUUGGUACUGGCUACGCAUCCUGUGAUUGCAUCCGAGUUUGGCAAGCUUCAGGAUUCGAGUUGGCUGUUUAUCAGCUUUAUGUUGGCUAGUGCCGCAUCGCAGACGAUUUACGGAAAAUUGAGCGACAUCUUUGGGCGAAAGACGAUAUUGAUCUUCUGCUAUGGACUGUUUGCUAUCGGAUGUGCCCUCGUAGGCGCUGGCCAGUCAAUGUGGCAAGUCAUCCUAGGUCGCGUAAUCUCUGGAUCUGGAGGUGCGGGAAUGACUACAAUGGCAUCAGUCAUCAUAACUGAACUCGCACCUCUCCGAGAAGUCGCCUCAUGGCAAAGCUACAUGAACGUCAUCGCCACCGUCGGUCGUAGCAUCGGUGGUCCGCUGGGAGGCUUUCUCGCUGAUACGAUUGGCUGGAGAUGGUCAUUCCUGGGACAAUCGCCAAUAUUCGCUGUAUCCAUGAUUAUCGCCGCAAUCCUCCUCCCUUCUACAACACAGACCGAGGGUGCGACACUGGAACGCAUCAAGAGGAUCGACGUACUUGGAGCUCUCCUGUUGGGUGGCUCUGUUCUCGCUUUCAUGGUUCCCCUUGAGAUUGGUGGCCAGAAGAUCCCGUGGAGUCAUCCCCUCGUGCCAACUCUCGCUGCUGCGGGCGUCAUUCUCUCAGCUGCUUUCGUACUCGUCGAGUCACGCUGGGCCAAGGAACCAAUCUUCCCUCUUCGCUUGCUUCAAAGUGGCGAUGUCACAAAGACGUAUCUCAUUGCGUUUGGUCAAGCAGCUGCACAGCUUGGAGUUACCCAGCGUGUGUCGAGCACAGUCGCAGGCGCUCAUUUGUUCCCUGCAGUUAUUGGAAAUACAGUUGGAGGCAUAGCGACAGGCUUGAUCAUCAAAAGAACUGGUCGAUACAAGGCACUCAUCAUCUUCUCGGCCAUCUCAUCGAUCACCAGUUACGCUCUGAUGCUACUUCGCUGGCAUGGACAGACAAACUGGCUGGAGUCGCUCUACGUCUUCCCAGGGGGCCUGGGAAUGGGCAUCGCCCAAAGCGCAGCGUUCAUCGCCCUCCAAGCUUCCAUCGAUCCCAAAGACAAAGCAGCAGCCUCUUCUGGAAUCUUCCUCGCUGUGACUUUAGGUUCAGUGGUCGGCAUGGCUGGUACGAGUGCAGCCAUUCAGGGCCUUCUCAGACACGACAUCCAGCAGAACCUUGGCGAUCUCGGAAAGUCUCAACACUUUAUUGACGAAGUGAUUCGAAAAGCUGCAGAGAGUGUCUCGUACAUCGACGAAGCUUCCGAGCCUAUCAGAAAGGUACUGGUUGAAGGUUAUAUCAGAGGAAUCGAGUAUGGUCACGGCCUCUCCAUCGUGUUCUCCGGGAUCACGCUCGUGACUGCUCUACUACUCAAGGAGCGUAAACUUUGA